AUGGCCGAGGUGACGGACAAGGUGUACUUCGACCUGGAGAUCGGCGGGGAGCCCACGGGCCGCGUGACCUUCGGUCUGUUCGGCGGCGUGGUGCCCAAGACGGCGGAGAACUUCAAGCAGCUCUGCACGGGCGAGCCCGGGUUCGGCUUCAAGGGGUCGUCGUUCCACCGCAUUAUCCAAGACUUCAUGAUCCAGGGCGGUGAUAUGACCGCAGGCAACGGCACCGGCGGCAAGUCCAUCUACGGCCGCACCUUCCCCGACGAGAACUUCGACCUCGCGCACACCAAGCCGGGCCUCCUGUCGAUGGCCAACGCGGGCCCGAACACCAACGGGAGCCAGUUCUUCAUCACCACGGUGCCCUGCCCGUGGCUGGACGGCAAGCACGUGGUGUUCGGCGAGGUGCUCGAGGGCAUGGACGUCGUGAAGAAGCUCGAGGGCACGCCCACGGACCGCAUGGACCGCCCUCUCGCGGGCGCGGUGAUCAAGGACUGCGGCCUUGUCGAGUAG